GCUGGCCCCUCCCUGGCCACCCCUAUAAAAACAUCCUGGCUCCGCCACUGCGUUUGUUAUCUGGUCGAUGGGACACUCGAACACUUACAACAUGCUGCAACGUUUUUACGGACUUGUUUAUUUUUCAGCAGUUUUACUGUUUGUGACCCUCACAGGUACACAAGCUGAAUGUCCUGUUCAGCUCAACCCACAGAGAGCUGUUGUGAGAUACGAAGGUUCUGUAGAAGUUAAUUGUAGCACUUCAGUUCCACAUAAAGGGUUGGGAUGGGAAGCCAGUGAGGGAGCAGUGCCCAUGGCCAGAGACAAAAUGAUGAUCGCAUGGAGAGUGUCACACCUGACAGAAUGGGACAUACAGCCAUUCUGCUACAUAAACUAUGAGAGACAGUGUCAAGUAGAGCUCCCAGUCAUUAUUUACAAGACUCCAGACAGUGUGUCCAUCAGCAUUGUGGAUCACAGCGGACCAAUGAUAGAGGGACAGCAGUAUGAGCUCCAGUGUGAUGUUCACGAUGUGGCUCCUGUUCAGUAUCUCACUGUCAAAUGGUACAAAGGACAGACUCUGCUGGAUAAAACCACCUUCACUGAGUAUAUCAAGACUCCAGUGAAUGAAAACGCCACACUCCUGAUCCGUCCAGACAGAGCUGAUGGUGGAGCUCAAUACAGGUGUGAAGCAGAGCUGGAACUGGGAGCAGAAGGACCUCAACCUCCUCCAAAAAAAACAUCAGAACCUCUUAACAUUAAUGUAUAUUUCUUUCUAGUAAACAAUUUCUAUGCAUUUAUUCUGUGUUCUUCAAUGUGUUUAACAGGUACACAAGCUGAAUGUCCUGUUCAGCUCAACCCACAGAGAGCUGUUGUGAGAUACGGAGGUUCUGUAGCAGUUAACUGUAGAGCUUCAGUCCCACAUAAAGGGUUGGGAUGGGAAGCCAGUGAGGGAGCAGUGCCCAUGACAAGAGACAAAAUGAUGAUCACAUGGAGAGUGUCACACCUGACAGAAUGGGACAUACAGCCAUUCUGCUACAUAAACCAUGAGGAACAGUGUCAAGUAGAGCUCCCAGUCACUAUUUACAAGUAUCCAGACAGUGUGUCCAUCAGCAUUGUGGAUCACAGCGGACCAAUGAUAGAGGGACGGCAGUAUGAGCUCCAGUGUGAUGUUCAUGAUGUGGCUCCUGUUCAGUAUCUCACUGUCAAAUGGUACAAAGGACAGACUCUGCUGGAUAAAACCACCUUCACUGAGGAUAGCAAGACUCCAGUGAAUGAAACCGCCACACUCCUGAUCCGUCCAGACAGAGCUGAUGGUGGAGCUCAAUACAGGUGUGAAGCAGAGCUGGAACUGGGAGCAGAAGGACCUCAACCUCCUCCAAAAAAAACAUCAGAACCUCUUAACAUUAAUGUAUAUUUUAAACUGAUCAUCAAUGAGAACAAACUGCCCUCCAUAGUGCCUGUGUUUCGAGGCUAUCCAGAGGUGCUUGUUUGUGAAGCCGAGGGAAACCCAAAACCAACAAUCAGCUGGAUCCUCGGCACAAAUGUUAUAGUAUAUAAUGAAACUCUUACUAUAUCAGAGUCAACACCUGAGCAUGUGUACUGCACUUCAGACAAUUCUGUUGGCAGGGCCACCAGACAAGUAAAUGUGUCCAUACAAGGUAACUAUGCAUUUGUGUCAUUUUUUUAUAUACCCAUAAUAUUAGGCAUUUUUGUUGCUGUAGUGGUGGCCAUUUCAGUCAUCUUCAUCUUCAUCUACAUCUACCUGACCAACUACAAAAAAACCAAGACGGGCCAUUAUGAUGUGAAGGAGGCCAAUGCACAUAAAGAACUCUUAGCGCAGCCAGUCCCCCCAUGAAGGAACUCUGUCAGAGCAAUAUGUCUGCUUUGGUUAUGACUCCCUAAGCUGGAUCCAUCUUCUGAGCUUCACUGUCUGCAGUCAGAUCAGUCGGAUCAUAUUUUUGAUAAGAAAUCAUACGGAUCAGUGUUAUUUCACUUCACUCUCGGAAUCCAGCUGACAAUCACAGUAUCACACCUUAACACUGGUGUCUGAGGAUGUUGAUCAACUAAAAAUGACUGAAGGGCAUUUUUGUCUCAGGCAUUUUAUGUCUCAGGCACUCUGAUCAUUUUGAAUAUAUAUACAGGUAUAUAUAUUGUAUUACAACUAUGUUAUCAUACAACACUGAUAAAAGCACAUAUGUAUACCCCAUCUUUAUUAGUAUUU